UGAAGGCGAAAAAAACAACAAAAACAGCUACAAGAAAAAUCACAAAACCAAGAUGGCGGUUCAGGAGACAGCAGCUCAGCUGUCCAUGGCUCUGAAAGUCCAAGAAUAUCCCACUCUAAAGGUGCCGUACGAGACUCUGAACAAACGGUUCCGAGCGGCCCAGAAGAACAUCGACCGGGAGACGAGUCACGUCACCAUGGUGGUUGCAGAGCUGGAGAAGACCCUCAGCAGCUUCCCGGUGGUUGACUCCGUGGUGUCACUGCUGGAUGGAGUGGUGGAGAAGCUCAGUGCUCUGAAGAGGAAGGCUGCCGAGUCGAUUCAAGCAGAAGAUGAGAGCGCCAAGCUCUGCAAGCGUCGCAUCGAGCACCUUAAGGAGCACAGCAGCGACCAGCCUGGUUCUGUCAACCUGUGGAAGAAGAAACGCAUGGACCGCAUGAUGGUGGAGCACCUGCUGCGCUGUGGCUACUACAACACAGCUGUGAAGUUGGCCAGACAGAGUGGUAUAGAGGAUCUGGUGAACAUUGAGAUGUUCCUCACAGCUAAGGAGGUGGAGGAGUCUUUGGAGAGGCAGGAGACGGCCACGUGCUUGGCCUGGUGCCAUGACAACAAGUCCCGCCUCCGCAAGAUGAAGAGCUGUCUGGAGUUUAGCCUGAGAAUUCAGGAGUUCAUUGAGCUCAUCAGACAGAACAAGCGUAUGGAUGCAGUCCGACAUGCAAGGAAGCACUUCAGCCAAGCAGAAGGAGGACAGCUGGAUGAGGUCCGGCAGGUGAUGGGCAUGCUGGCCUUCCCAUCAGAUACACACAUCUCCCCAUAUAAGGAUCUUUUGGAUCCAGCUCGCUGGAAAAUGCUGAUCCAGCAGUUUCGAUACGACAACUACAGACUCCACCAGCUGGGAAACAAUUCUGUCUUCACAAUCACCCUGCAGGCUGGUCUUUCAGCCAUCAAGACGCCUCAAUGCUACAAGGAGGAUGGCUCCUCCAAAAACCCAGACUGCCCAGUUUGCAGUAAAUCUCUUAAUAAACUGGCCCAGCCGCUGCCCAUGGCUCACUGUGCCAACUCCAGGCUAGUCUGUAAGAUCUCUGGGGAGGUCAUGAAUGAGAACAACCCUCCAAUGAUGCUGCCUAACGGAUACGUCUACGGCUACAACUCCCUGCUGUCCAUUCGCCAAGACGACAAAGUUGUGUGUCCCAGAACCAAAGAGGUCUUCAGCUUCUCUCAGGCAGAGAAGGUCUACAUCAUGUGAUCACAUGGAGCUUCUCAGUGUUGACGAGAUCAAGUUAUGGCCCUGCCCUCCAUCAUUGGUGACCUGGCCCACUCAGAACCAGCAGUGGAGCUGUGACCCAGCGCCCUUCAUCCCCCAACCCCCCUCUUACCA